AUGGAAGAGGCUAUUGGUGAUAGAAAGGCUACUCCUCCGCUUGUUUCUGAUACCACCAAGCCAAUGAAACUAGAAGAACUUAAAGACUUUGAGGGGAAAAGCGACAGUAAAGAAAGCUUGGAUAAAGAAUCAGUUGACACAAGUACCAAUAGAGACAACGAGGAAAACAGCAGCCAGGAUUAUGACCUUUCCGUACUUUGCUCCCCUCCUUCUCCUCGUCCUCUUUUGGCCAAAUCUUACAAAAAACGCAGAAAGAGAGAAAUCGACUAUGCCGAUCUUACGAAAAAAGUGAAGAAGGAGUUAAGGGAGUCCAGCAGGGCUCUAGAGGCAAAAAUUGAAGACUUGUAUAAGAAAAAGCUAGUAGUUCUUGAACAUGAUCUUCGAAUUAAGAGAGAAAACGAAUAUAAGCAUAAAGUACAUGAGAAUAUAACAAAAACAACAAUGCAAAUAGCUCAACUCUACAACUGGCCAGAAGAAAAAGUCAAGAAAGCACUUGAGGAAAACUUUAAUAAAGUUUAUGGUGGCUAA